AUGUCCAACCUACCACUGGUAAGUCACAAACGGAUACUCACGCGGUAUACUAACCAAUUGCAAAAAGUUCUAACCCGAUUCAAAGACACGCAGUUAGAAGAAAUCAGCAUUCAAAACCUGCAAGAUGAGAUAACGCCCACCGUUAUUCAAACAAGCCUACAGCAGUUAGAGAAAGCAGUGGCAGCGUUAGAAAACAUAACUAGAAGGAUUCAACACGCACUAGAUGAACUCGCUACCAUGUUCGAAAAGUCACACCCAACGUCACCGAAUAUUGAAGAAGAGUUCGCACAGUACUCAACUACUGCUGAAGAAGCCAUUGCCAAUACUUUCGAAUACCUUGUACUCCUUCAUGCUCGGAUCCAUGGCUUCAAGGCUCAAGCUGAGCUUCUCAACACAUCCUACAAACUACGAAUAGUAGUAAAGAUGAAUCCACCGUCACCGCGGUCGUGA